UCAUGCGUUACAUUUAUCUACGAACCGAUAUUAUAUCUUCGAUCUCGCAAGCGUCCUAGAAAUCACGCUACCAAGGUCACUUCGUUCUCUGUGGUACGUGUGUCUCUGUGGUGGUAGGAGUGCUGCGCAAUUUUCUCUUGAAAUGAAGAUUUGGACAUCAGAACACGUCUUUGAACAUCCUUGGGAAACUGUGGUGCAGGCAGCAUGGAGAAAAUAUCCCAAUCCUCAUAAUCCAACUGUAGUUGGACUUGAUGUUAUUGAUAGACAUGUAGAUAAACAGGGUAGACUAGUAAGUCAUCGGUUAAUGUGUACAGAAUGGGGUCUUCCUAUGUGGGUACAAAAGUUGGUUGGUGUCGACAGAGCAUGCUAUGCAAGUGAACACUCAGUUGUAGACAGGAAAAGAAAAACUUUUGUAUUACGUACAAACAAUGUCACAUUCAGUAAUUUAGUAGCAAUCAACGAACAAUUAACCUAUUCACCACACCCUACCGACAAAAAAUCAACAUUGUUGAAACAAGAAGCAAUUAUCACUGUCCAUGGCAUGAGAUUAUCUAGCUACUUAGAACAACUUGUUGUGAAUACAUGUUCAUCAAAAGCUACACAGGGUAGAGUUGCUAUGGAAUGGGUGAUAGGAAAAAUCAACACAGAGGUCAAAGACUUGGCCAAAGGAGUUAAAGGCAUUAAACAUAAUUUAGAAAAUAUUGCAACGAAAGCGGAGAACCUUGAAUCUCCUCUUUGAUACCAUAACACAUUUUUUUAAAGAAAGGAAAAAUAAAUCAUGAUUGGACUUUUUAUCGUACGACAAAUUAUAUUCUUAAUUGCCUGUGCUUGUAUUCACAAUUCAAAACAGGCAUCUGUAGGUGAAAGUCUUUUUAAAGUUGCAUAUGUUUUUGAUGAUAUUCUAGUACUUGGUUAGUAUGCGUACAGCAGAUUACACCACCAGUACUUGACGUACUUACCAUGCGAUUUAUUGUACAACUCGUUACAAACUUCUAUGUCUAAAAUGGAAGUGUGUGUUUGUGUGUGUGUAUAUAUGACUAGUCACUUGGGAUGUUACUUUCCAAUUAUCUGGAAUGUAUAUACAAAUCAUGUCUCCCAGAAUCAAUUUAUGCUGCAGGGAAAUCCAACUGGGCACAUUCAGUUGUGACCAAGACAUCUUAUUUAUUCUUUUCUAAAUGUAUCUUGGUUAUUUCCCUUUAGACAUGACUUGAUUUAUUUUCUACUGUUUUUCAAAUUCAGGUUGAAAUGCUUAAUUUUGCACAAAUAGUGUUGUGUGAAGUACUGUGGUCUCUCGUAGCUCCAAAAAUUCUUAAUCUGCUGUAGUGACUCGUUAGAUGCAGCACUGAGAUUAAGUGGAAUUUCUUGGGUACAUUCUUUUAUGUGAGCACUAUUGCUUUUAUAUCAAAUGAUAUACCAUACAUGGUAGUGGUGAUACAUGGUUGUAAAGUUUUCUCAACUUCAGCAUUGUAUGUCACAUUUUCUUUGAUAUUUAUAUAUCAUGUAAAUAGUCAUGUAAAUUUAAAUUUCAAAGUGGUUUUACUGAUGUAUUUUUUUAGGAUUAAUUUGCCUACCUCAUGAAAUGCAUCAAAAGCAGGUGCCCAAAACCUGAAAAUAGUUUUGGUCUUGUGGCUACAUGUACCAAUAUCUUUUUUUUUUCAAGAGAUAUUGCCCUUUUCUCAACUUAAGCUGUUUUAUAAAAACUAUGUACAUCAAUGUAAUUCAGUACUUUCAGUAUAGAACUUUCUUGCUACCUGGACCUGUAUGCAAUAUCCAUAUUUUGGGUUUGUACAAUUUAUGUGCAGAAAUAAUAUUCUUGUAAUAUAUUGAUUUAAUAUUUUCAAGAAAAAUAAUUAUGCUGUUUC